AUGUGGCCCGCCAAAAGGGACUUGGGUACCCGAAUAACAUACGGUGUGUUAGGAAAUGCCAUCGUUGUUCCCGAAGCUUCUGGUGACUCAUCUUAUAAGCCGGUCGUCCGCUUCCCCAGACUUCGAAAUCAUGGCAUACUUUUCAGUCCAGUAUUGAACUCGAACUUCUGGAUUCAUCCCAAAACAAAACCAGAAACAAAGGCUCUGCCGCCCCCAUUUGGGCCCAACAACAAUCUCUUCAAGUACACCAAUGCGGUAAGUGAGGAUAUUGUAGGGUCAUUGACGAGCGAAGCUGCUAUUCUUCAAGAUUCCAAGGUUUAUGAUCCAGUACAAGGCUCGGUGGUGGAGAUGUUUGAAAUCGGUAUUGGCGGCUUCUCGCACCUGGUCAUGGUAGGAGGUCAGCGUUGUUUCCCCAAAGCAAAAUCCAAUCUUGUACAAAUGCAAGCUGUCACUUAUGUGACAGGAGACAUCUCUAAUGUGCUUAAUGUGACUAUUCUCAUGCCCCGGAAAAAACAGGUGUACGAUAUUGACGACGACUCGCUCAAAAUGACUCCACUGGGUAAAAUGUUGGUGGGUGUUCCAAAGAAUACUUGCCAAUGCGAGUUCACAUCUGAGAUCUUACAGGUGGUGGCUUUCUCAUCGAAGUGGCUCGCUAUACGGACAAGAACCGAUGUCACUGUUCUAAAGUACUCGUGGAAUAAUGACCCUGGAGAAAAACGGCUAGAGUUAGCCAAAAUUGGCACCAUUAAGUCGGAUAUUCUCUAUGGGAAAGAUUUGGCCCACCUACAAGUGAACCCGUUCGUUCUGAAUGAAUUUCUCCUUGCAGACAAAGAUGGAAACAUUGGAAUAUGGCAGAUAGACGCUACAAGCCAAAUUGAACCUCUUCCUAGAAUAAAACUCAUCCCUGGCUCUAAGGGUCCUGAGGAGUUUUCAAACUGGAGGAAGGUUAUAUGGUCGAAUCCAAACAGACUUUUGCUCUUCUCUAGAACAAGUGUCUUUCUGCUUGCGUUAGACACCUUUGAAAGAAAUAAACUCAUCACAGCACAAAUGUGGUCACACAUCCAGGAUGUGGUGGUGGCUGGUCCAUUCGCCUUUAUCCUUACCUCCAAAGAAAUCCUAUGGACAGAACUCACGGAAGAAUUGCCCUUGCGCAGACUUGUGUCGUGGAAACAUUUUCUUUCCGACUCUGACACCUCGUACCGUCUUUCCUUAGUUCCAUGUGAAGAUAACCAGACGUUUGUGUGUGCUGCGUACUCAAGGUGCUCUCCGCUCAUUAUGAUCUAUACUUUUGGCUUUGUUGGUAAGAGUCCGUGCAGUGUUCGGGACCCAUAUUAUAUUAGGGCCAAUUGUGAUUUGAUCGAUGCUACAUUGUUCAAGUCGACAUUCAGUGGGGUGGGGAAAGGCACUUUGUUGUGUCUAGUGGAACAAGGACGAAAUGGCGAAGUUUGCUUCUCCUCUCUUUGUGGGGAACGCAAGAAGGCGUUUAAGAAGAAUAAUAUGAAUGAGGAAGAUUUGCAAGUGCACCCACUGGAUUUGUUUACCAAAAUCCAUGUCGGCGAGGCUGUCAGGGCUUUUGAGCUCUAUUCUACGGAGGAGAUUCUGCCUCUUGAACUUAAAGCCAUCAGAAAUGGCCAUCUCGAUGACACAGAUCAAGACGAUCUCAUCCAGCAGUUUGCAAGCAGUCUUGGGGCCAACAUCGAGUUGUUCUUCCCAGCUAGUCCAGAUCCAGGCAACCAACUUUCCGACCAAGUCCAGGAUUCCGGUGUGCGUCCAGUGAAAACUUUGGUGGACACCAUGGUAAAAGUGCCGACUUCUCUAGCUUCAGUGGCAGGAUACUUCCCCCUCUGGAUCCUGGAUGUUGAGCAACUAGACAAUAUGGUUGAACAACUAGGAAAGCAUUACGAAUCCUUGGGAUUGAAUUUGGAAAGCUUUGUCGACUACGUUUCGAAGAAUUUCAACCGUAAGACGACUGCUCCAAAUCCGAUUACAGUAAAGAACCUACGAAAACGGCUAGGGAAAACUUUUAAAGGAGCAAAAAAUUUGGACAUGACAACCAUCUUGCUUGCAACGCGCUUGAUUCAGGCAGCUUGUCGAGAUUCAAGUGACCAACUUCAAGCAGCAUUAGACGCACAAAUUGCAGGAGCCAGCGAUGAUGUUCGUUCUAUUAUCGAAGAAUGGGACCAGCCACAAGAAGUGGACGUAGAACCGGUGGUUCUGAACUAUUCCUCGCAGAUUCAGACUGUGCCUAUUAUCAGGACACAACCCACUCAGACCAUGUCCCAAAAACAGAAAAAGUCUCGGAACGGACUUCUUCACCGUGCACUCACGCAGUCGCAAGUACAAAGCCGGCCAAAUUCCCAGUCUGCCUCUAGGUCUGUCUCUCGAUCUGCCACGCCUUCUCACUCACAGUCCCAGGCACUCUUGGAACCUUCUCAGCUUCCAUUGGAGACAUCAACGCAGGUUCUGUACUCGCAACCAAAAGCAUCCAGCGAGCCACUUUCGUCUCAGAAUAUCCGUUUGGACGCGUCCCAGCCUUCUCAGGCUGCACAUUUACACAUUUCUCUGUCACCUCCAUCUUCCCAGCCCUCCCAAGGUGCCCUUCGCAGAUCGGGCCCUCCAACUUCCCAAAAGCGCAAGAAGAGGAAAGGUGGCUUCGCAUAA